AUGAGCAGACGAAACCAGGAACAAAAAGAGGACAUGACAGGCGAUUUGUCAACACCUUUGCGCCAGCUCUCUCUUACUCCAAGCCCGCUUCCUCAGCAAUGUACUGCUGUGGAUGAUGUUAAACUAUCUCGUGAUGCGGAAGUAUUCAACCUUUCCGCUGAAUCAGCCUUGAAGGUACUGUGCGCACGCGUGGACAGACUUGCCAAAUCUACCGGUGAUGUCCCCUCAUCGACACCCGUUGGGGAAUUCAUUCCCCCGGACGAAAGCUGUAUCAACUCUCCUACGGGGAAAAACAGCAGCAGCAGCAGCAGCAGCAACAACAACAACAACAACAACAACAACACCAUCAUCAUCAACAACAAAAACAACAACAACCUCCAGGCAUAUGCCAACGCGGAGACCGGCAGAGAACAGCGUGAAAUCGAUUCACCAAGGAUAUUGAUAAAGAGCUUUUACAGCAAGCAGAUUUCCUCACUAACCCUGGAAGAGUAUCUUCUCCGACUUCACCGUUACUGCCCGAUGUCAACAGCAGUAUAUUUGGCGACGAGCCAUUACAUUAUAUAUAUGGCAACAGUGGAGAAAAUCAUCUACGUGACGCCUCGUAACAUGCAUCGUCUCAUUUUAGGGGGGCUUCGGGUGGCAUCAAAAAUGAUGGAGGAUCUUUGUUAUCGACACAGGCGGUUUGCUAAGGUUGGGGGAGUGACGGAACGUGAGCUGGCUAGGCUUGAGAUUAACUUUUGCUUCUUGAUGGAUUAUGACUUGAAAGUCGACGUUGAGAUGAUGUUUCGUGAAAUCGAGGCAUAUCGGGAGGGGGCAAGAUAG